UACACAACUUCUGAACCAUGGACUGGCACCAUUUCUGGUGUUAUGUGCCUGUGUUUUGGGGUUUUACCAUGUGGAAGCAGCACCGGAUGCCCUGAGCUUUCUGGAUUCCUCUUUUUGUCAAAAAAGAUGUAUGUUCUGGUGAUGGUUGAUCCUGAUGCUCCAAGUCGCACAAAACCAACAUCUGCUUACUGGAGGCACUGGCUGGUCGUGAACAUACAGGGAAGUACACUCAAGAAAGGACAUAUGCAAGGGACAACCCUCACUGACUAUCAUCCUCCAACUCCACCACAGAAGUCCGGUUUUCACCGCUACCAGUUCAUGUUGUUUAAGCAGCCGCCAGACACACCAGUGUCACUCACGGAGCAGGAGAAGUCAGUCCGUGCUGUCACAGGUAAAUGGGAUCUAGAGGCCUUCAUCAAAAGGUUCCAUCUGGGAGCACCUGUGGCCUCUCUGCAGUUUCUUACCCAAAACUACAAAGACUGAAGGAUGCUCAGACACCAAAGAGAUGUCUUGGAAGAAGAAUCUUUCAAUACAAUAAUAUAUAAGCUGUUUUUCCACUCACUAUGAA